UCUCAUCUAGCAAGACCUCUGUUUAGCUAUAUCUGGGCCAAAGUAAGGUGUCCUGCACUACUUUGGAUUUGUAUUUUGUAAGUCAAGAUUUUCUCUGAAAGCAAUCUUUGGAUACAGUGAGCUGCCUACAAUGUCUUCAGAGAGGGACAGACAGUCUGUUUUGCGUACAACAAAGGUUCGUACUGCACUGAAGGGCGACAGCAGCUGGAUUCAACGCUCCAAAGGGUUUGAACCAGAGGAGGAUGAGAAGCCAUGUGCCAAAACACCAUCAUCUGGAUACUUGAUCAGAGGAGUUUUCACAAAGACUGAAACCAAGUCAACUCAGCCGUCCUCUGCCAACGGUCACAUUGGAACAUCUGGCUUCGUCAAAAAGGCUUCUGAUGGGUACAAGAAAAUAGCCCCUCACACUGUUCGCUCGAACAUAGAGACUACCGAACGGUCGGAGCCGUCUCUCAGCACAGAAGAACAGGACAAAAGGACAGAAGCAGCCAGCAGUUGCCUGAGGAACUCGGCAGCCAGACAGCGAUCAUACGUGCUUUCGGCUGCAAAGAAAUAUGAGUCUUCAGAGAAACCGGACGGUUCUGCUCCGACAGUUACAUCUUUUGUUGCCAAGAGGGUAGUUAUCAAUGAAGAUGAGGACAGCAACCCUGUUGAACCUAACGCAGAGACCCCAGUUUCGCCUUCCUCUUCUGGCCUUGUGGCUCAGCAGAGCUACAGUGUGGAAAUAAGUGUUGAUGAACCAGCACCUCCAAUUACUGCAGUCGGAAAGAAAGUCCCAUCUCCAGCUCCUGAACUGAAACCAGAGGCCACUCCUACUAAAAGUGAUCACAUCCUGUAUGCCACCUAUGACACUUCAGAACCCACUAGUGUCUGGAAACCAGAUGCUCAAUUCACACCUGCUCCAGAGGCAAAAAAUGUGUCAUUCACAACGCCUGAAACCAAAACAGAACCCACUCUGAAAACAAGUGUCACUGAAGGAAAUGCUCAAGUCAUAAAAGCUCCUGUGUUAAAGAAAGCUUCCUCUGCAACACCUGAACCCAAACCAGAGUCAGCUCCUAAACCAAGUGUCACUGAACCAGUCACUCCAAUUGCUCCAGUUGCUCAGAAAGACACAACCAAAACACCAAAACCAGAGUCAACUCCUAAACAAAGUUUCACUGAAUCAAUCAAUCCAACUGCUCCACUUGCACAGAAAGACUCAUCCAAAACACUGGAACCCAAACCACAGCCAACUCCUAAACCAAGUGUCACUGAACCAGUUGCUCCAAGCACUCCUGUUGCACAGAAAGGCAUAUCCAAAAUACCUGAACCCAAACCACAGCCAACUCCUAAACCAAGUGUCACUGAACCAAUAAUUCCAACUGUUCCAGUUGCACAAAAAGAUAUAUCCAAAACACUUGAAACCAAACCAGAAUCAACUCCUAAACCAAGUGUCACUGAACCAACCAUUCCAGCUGCUCCAGUUGCACAGAAAGACAUCUCCAAAACACCUGAACCCAAACCACAGCCAACUCCUAAACCAAGUGUCACUGAACCAGUUGCUCCAAGCACUCAUGUUGCACAGAAAGACAUAUCCAAAAGACCUGAACCCAAACCACAGCCAACUCCGAAACCAAGUCUCACUGAAGCAGUCACUCCAACUGUUCCAGUUGCACAGAAAGACAUAUUCAAAACACUUGAAACCAAACCAGAGUCAACUCCUAAACCAAGUGUCACUGAACUAAUCACUCCAGCUACCCUGGUUGCUCAGAAAGGCCCAUACAAAACAUCUGAACCCAAACAAGAGAUCACUCCUAAGAAAAGUGUAAAAACACUUCAGAAGACCAGUGACUUAAAUGACAUUGAUCUUCUAGAUCUAACUCAGAGUACUCUGCAGAAACAAGUGGACCUCAACCCUACCACCACAGACCUGCUGACAGGAAUUGGCAGCUCUCUGCCCCAGUCAGAGAAGACCCGAGGCUCUCUUGACCUACUUGCCCUUGAUGUCAUCCCCAUUGACACCAAUUCUGACAAGCUGAGCACUGAUAAAUUAAAUACCAAAGAUGAGACAACAAAAACCGUUGUAUGGUCAAAGGACCCAAGAAGUGUCACUGAACUAAUCACUCCAGCUACCCUGGUUGCUCAGAAAGGCCCAUACAAAACAUCUGAACCCAAACAAGAGAUCACUCCUAAGAAAAGUGUAAAAACACUUCAGAAGACCAGUGACUUAAAUGACAUUGAUCUUCUAGAUCUAACUCAGAGUACUCUGCAGAAACAAGUGGACCUCAACCCUACCACCACAGACCUGCUGACAGGAAUUGGCAGCUCUCUGCCCCAGUCAGAGAAGACCCGAGGCUCUCUUGACCUACUUGCCCUUGAUGUCAUCCCCAUUGACACCAAUUCUGACAAGCUGAGCACUGAUAAAUUACAUACCAAAGAUGAGACAACAAAAACCGUUGUAUGGUCAAAGGACCCAAGAAGUUCAACAGAAAUGGUCACCAUCACAACCAACAAAACAGAGAUAGUCAAGGGUAGUGCUUUACGGAGUGAGUACAGCGCUGUGCCCCAGUCUGAGAAGACUUGGAAAUCUCUGGACCUGCUUGCAAAAGAUGUAAUCCCCUUUGACACAGAUAUGGAUGACUAUAACAAAACACAAAGCAAAAUUGAGACAUCUAAAACUGUAAUGUAUACAAAAAAAGAUUCAGAGAGCUCUCUGCCCCAAUCAGAGAAGACUCAAGAAUCACUGGACCUGCUUACUUUUGAUGUCAUCCCCAGUAAAGAAAAUACAGCCAACAGCAACAAAAUGCAAAGCAAAGUUGAGACAUCUCAAACUAUAAUGUAUACAAAGAAUGAUUCAAAGAGCUCUCUGCCCCAAUCAGAGAAGACUCAAGAAUCAUUGGACCUGCUUGCAUUUGAUGUCAUCCCUAAUAAAGAAAAUAUAGACAAGCCCAAGAGCGACAAAACACAAAGUGAAGUUGAAACAUCUCAAACUGUAAUGCUGCCAAAGGACUCAAAGGGGACUAUGGAGCGGUUUGAUCCCAUAAUGUUAGACAGUCAGAAGAGCAAGAAGCAGACUCUCACAUAUGAAACAAAGGAAUCUGACAGUGGGUCACCAUGGGAUGAGUGGACAUCAUCCACCGUAUACACCACAAUAAAGAAAAGUGAUAUGAAGGCUGACCCACAACCAAUGGCAGACAGUUAUACCUACUCCAGAGUGCAAGAUAGUCCUGCCCAGGAGUCCAGGUCAUUGGACGCUGACACUAAGAGGAGCUUUGUCUAUGUCAAAGAGUAUGUGAAUUUGUCUGAACUGUCCACACAAAAUGAUGUCCGUGAUGGGGAUUAUUUGUCUUCAACCACCUCUAGAUAUGCAUACAGCAGUCCCUCCAGUGAUGGGGACUAUUUGACUUCAACCAUCUCCAGAUAUGCAUACAGCAGCCCCUCCAGUGUAAAUGCGACUGCCUGCACGUAUUGUGGAAGGCUUGUAGGGAAUGAUGCCAAGAUCACAAUUGAGCAUCUUAACAUCUCAUGCCACCCUGAUUGCUUUAAGUGUGGUAUCUGCAGUAAGCCAAUGGGCGAUUUUCUUGACAACAUGUUUUUGCACCGUGGGACCGUCCAUUGUGAGAGCUGCUAUGCCAAUGUACAUUAGAGAGGGGUUGAUUAGGCUUGUGCUUACUCUUUAAUUAUUGCAGAAUGUUGGUUACCCUGAGAAAGUAAUGCAGUAUGUUAUUAUGAAUUACUUUUGCAUUCCUACUUCUGUUUUCCUGUUUUAUAUAGCCUUACUUAAUCUUAAUUGUGCAAAAUGUGUUUGUUGGUAAAAUUACAGUAAUCUAAUUUCAGGGUUGUCAUGUUUAACAUCUUAUUGGACAUCUUAGUUUCAGACUUGAAAUUUUGUAUGAGCAUAUCUGUAUUUUCUGUUGCUAACCAUCAGUUAUUAGCAGUUUAAUGUUUUAGAAGCUGAAUAUAUUUUGGAAAAAAUGUGAAUACAUUUUGACCCUUGAAAUAUCUACUUUUUUUACUUACUGCUACAAAACAUUAUCCACACUGGAAUUAAAGGUUUGUGUAUAACCCUUUUAAUUUGUUAUUCUCCUUUAUAAAAUAUGAAAAUAAGAAAUAUGAAAAUAUAAACAUUCCAAGGCACUUAUCGAACCCAAAAACCUCAUUACAAAGAAAUCUGCUGAAUAAAAAAGCAGCUGCAUUUAAAUGUCUUGUUCAGCAACCUGACAUUCAUAAAUCACAAAAAGAC